AUGAUGGUGUUGGACUCGGGACAAGCGUCCCCGUCGUUACGGCUGUACGCCGCGGCUGCCGCGGCCGCGGCCAACAGUUACGGUGGUGCGGCCUCCGCGACUUCCGGAGGCGCAGGGCAACAGUCCGGCGGCGGUACAGGAGGCGUCCAGAUGCCACCGCAUCCGCUGUUCCCGCACUUUGCCGCCCGUUUCCCGCACGGCAUGGCGUCCGCGGCCAGUUUCGCGGCCGCAGGCCUGUCGCCGUUUCUCCAGCAACACCACGUCGAGCACGCUGCAGCCCAGCGAUACGCGAUAGCGGCAGCCGCGGCUGCUGCGGCCGCGAGGAACAACACGGUCGCCGGCCACGUAAUGUCCGCGGCCGUGCACCAACAGCAACAGCAACAACAACAACAACAACACCAACACCACCAUCACCGGCCCAACUCGGAACCAGCGGGUAAGAAACGGCCUCACCACCACCACCAGCAACAGCAGCAGCAGCAGCACCAAUUACUGUUACAGCAGCAACAGCAACAGCAGCAGCAGCAACAACAACAGCAGCUACAGCAGCAGCAACAGCACAGGAUUAUUAAUAUGUCGGGCAAUCAUAGUGACGACAGCGCCUCCGAAAACGGAUCACCUAAAAAAGGUGGAGUGGACGGAGACAGCGCAGCAGGUAGUUCGGAAGACUUGGCCAACAAACGGCGAAGGUCCAGAACAAACUUCAACACGUGGCAGCUGGAAGAGCUGGAACGGGCGUUUUUGGCCAGCCACUACCCCGACGUGUUCAUGAGGGAGGCUUUAGCCCUGCGGUUGGACCUCAAGGAGUCCAGAGUGGCUGUAUGGUUUCAAAACCGUCGAGCGAAAUGGAGGAAAAAGGAACACACCAAAAAGGGUCCGGGUCGACCUGCCCACAACGCACAUCCGGUGACUUGUUCCGGAGAGCCAAUACCUGCGGACGAGUUACGGCGUAAGGAGCGCGAACGACGGCAGAAAAAGUUGCUCAAGAGCUUGGAACGACAACAGAGGAAGUUGGCUGCCAAAGGAGUGCACGUUGACUUGGACACGCUGCGAAAGGAAUGGGAGUCUCAGCAAGCUAACAAUGCUGCUAAAAAACACGGCCAGAUGGAUUGCGGAGUGGUCGGCGGAGGAAUGGACGGAGUCGGUGGAUCGUCGAACGCCGGUAUGGAUCUGUCGUUUCACGACUCGUCAAGCUGUUGCAGCGGACAGACGAGCCGGGACGAGGAGAUCGACGUGGUCGGCGAAGAGGACCACCUCCUGCACCACCACCACCACCACCAACACCCACACCAACACCACCACAGGAUGUUGCACCACAGGCGGAGUGCGAGUACGACGUUCGACGAUGACGACGACGACGACGAUUUGGACGAGGACGAGGACGAGGGACUGCCGCCGUACGCGCGCGCGGCUGCGGCUGCGGCGGCGGCGGUGGCCGCCGUGGCGGCCGCUUGCCGGGGAAACGACAGCUGUAGUUCGGACGACGAAUACGGCGGCGGGCGUUUGUACCGGCGGCCACCGGCCGCCGACGGCGAAUCGUCUCCGCCUCCACCGCUGUUGAACCUGACCACGUCGUCGACAGCCACCGCGGACAAGGCCCGCCGUCUGAACCCGUUCAGCAUCGAAUCCCUUCUGGCCGGCGGCAAUCGACCGUUCAGCAUCACCGCCGCCCACGUCAACAACAUCAAUAAUAUCAACAACAAUAACAUCAACAACAACAACAACAACAACAAAGUGUGA